AUGCUGGACAUCAAAGUUGUGCCACAAACAACAAUCAGAAUCAAAAGGAAUAAAAGGUCUUCAACCUUUGUUGUGCAGAACAACUCUAUGGAAAGUGUCGGAUACAAGAUUAAAACAACGAAGCCUCGGGAAUACAUAGUAAGGCCGAAUAUGGGGCUUAUAGUGCCAAUGCAGCAGGCAGAGAUUGAGGUUACUCUCGCUGAAAAUACAGUUCCGGAUAGUAGCCACAAGUUUCUCAUAGAAAUAUACAAGUUUGAUUGGAGAAGGUCCCUAAACGACUUCAAGCAGCACCUCAGGUCUUCUUUGCCCAAACCAUGCUGGACAUCUAGGAUAGGAAUAUUAUAUGAGGAAGAGGAGAAGACGACUAAAGAAACAAUCGAAUGCUCAGAAAGCAAAGGUGCCAUUGCGCUUUUUGUCCAUAUUUAUAUCCUCUUCAAUGCUUUUUAUUUGUUUUAUAGACUCUUUGAAUGA